CUUAUUUAAAAAGAACAACAAAACAAGGAACUGUAAAUUGAAAUGAACUGAAGUUAUUUUAUUUUAAAAAAUAAUAGUAUUUAAAAUGGAGGCUUUAAAUAAUUGUGCUCCGAAAUGUAAUUGUGAACGUGAACAUGAAGACGUGGUCCAAUUUCUAAAUAAUGAAACCGAUUCCCUAUAUACAUUCAGAGACAGAUACUUUGAGACUCACAACAUAGAAGAAGCUAUCAAGAAGGAAGAGGAAACAGAAAAAAUUCUAGCAGAAAAACUCAAAAUAUUUAAACAACAUGAGCAUUUAGUUUCAGAUUUGAGUAGAGCCAAAUAUUGUUUCUUGAAAGGGAAACUACUGAAUGUGGUUCCAAACUAUAAUAAAGAAGCCGAAAGUUUAUUAUCCAAAAGUAUUAAGUUAGAUCCUAAAUUAGUUGAUGCUUGGAAUGAACUUGGAGAAUGCUACUGGAAAAAUGAUGAUUUGAAGAAAAGUAUAAAUUGCUUUGAGGGGGCCUUAAAAGAGAAAAAGAAUAAAAUUUCAUUAAGGAGUCUUUCAAUGCUUGUCAGGCAAGAGCCAGCGAAAACAAGGGAGGAAAAGGUAAAGAAUAUUGAAAAAGGUUUAACCUAUGCAAAAGAAGCUGUUCAGUUGGAUCCUCAGGAUGGUUUAUCAUGGACUGUGCUGGGUAAUGCGUACCUCUCUUCCUUUUUUGGAAUCCAACAGAAUCCCAAGAUUCUAAAGCAAUGUUUAAGUGCUUACAGUCAAGCAGAAAAAGAUUUUGUGGCCAAAAGCACUCCAGACCUGCAUUACAACAAAGGAGUGACUUUGAAAUACGAAGAAGAAUUCAAAAUGGCUCUAGAAUCUUUCAAUGAAGCAUCAAUGUAUAAUCCCACAUGGGAUCCUCCCAAAGUGAAAGAAAAACAAUUAGUCCAAUAUUUGAAUGAUAUUAAGGAGUUCGUUUCAACAUCUGGAAAAAUGAAGGCGAAAAGGUUACAACAAAUAUUGCAGUCCAUUGACUCCAAACAACUUGGUCCAUAUGGCGGUGGUACCUACACAUCACCGAAUGGGACGAAAGUAAAAUUGGUUGAAAGUAAAUUAAAACACUUAAAAGACGGUAUAAAUGAAGAAAUCGUGGUUUUAGGAAAAGUAGUAUGUUCUGUUAGAAAUGAAGAUACUGUACCUUUUACCUUUUGUAUGGUUGACAAAGAUGGAACAUGUGUAGUGGUGACAAUAUUUAAUAUAGCUGACGGAAAAGGUGUUAUCAUAGGCGAUUCAGUAGCUAUAGCAGAACCAUUUGUGACUGAUGUUGAUUUUAGUUAUAAAAAUAUUGAUUACAAGUUUAGACUGAUACGUGUUGAAAAUCCCGUGAUAUUAGUGGUCAAUGGUAGAAAAGUGAGCAAAGAUCUACAAGCAGAAGUUCAAAUGUCGAUAUUCAAAAAAUAUGACUGACACCUACUAAAAACUCUAAUGUAGUUAGGAGGUGCUAUUAAACCACGGAAAAAUAAGACAGCAGCUUUAAAUCUAAUACGAGAAAUCAAAAUCAGUGAGAUAGUUGUAAUGUGUGAAGCAAUUCUAAAGUUGCGAAAGUAUAUCGGAAGAAAAACAAAGUUCAACAAAGUUGUAACAUUUUUUCUCAUGAGCGAGUUUCUAAUACAUUCACAAGUAUUCACGUUUGUUUGAGUAUUUCACAAUUUAGUGCCAAAAAUAAACUUCUCCGAGAAAAAUAUUGUAAAAUGUUUUGGUUUGCAAAAAUGUUUCGCUUUAUCAUCACACAAUUUAUAUAUUUUUUAAAUCAUUUUAUCACUUGAUACUCGACAUCAACAUGCAACGUUAAUAAAAACUGAGAUAUGGGAAAUGGAAUUAAUCACUAAAUUAAAAAAAAAACAGAUAAGCAUUGUGAGAAUAUCAUCAUCAUCAUGUCAUCUCUGGCUUUUACAACUCUUCGUGAGUCUUUGCCGCGUCUUCCAUUCAUUGGUUCCGAUCCUAUGCUACUAAUUCCCAUGUUUUCACCUCUAUCUUCUACUUCUCUGACUGCAUCUUUGCACCUUUUUCUAGACCGUCCUACCGGUCUUCUACCGUCUGGUCUUUCCCAAAACACAUUUCUGAUGAGUCUGUCGUCAUCACUCCGUACCACGUGGCCCAUCUUAGUAUAUUGGCUUUUAACACCCUGCCCGAAGAGAGUCUCUAAUUCAUUGUUGUAUCUGCUCCUCCAUUCUUUUGUCACACUGUCCCUGCAAGGGCCAUAUAUAACACAGGAUUUUGCGUUCCCAUACUAAUUUUUUUUAUUUGUUUUUAAAUACAAUCUGUUGCACCACAAAAAAAGUAACACUUUGUUGAACGAACAAAUGUGAGAGGAGUUUUAGUCCAAUGACUAUCAACUCCUAAUAGGUUUAUUACUAGUAACUACACUAAGUCACUUAUUUUCACUUAAACCCUUAAAACACUUUAAAACACUUAUGUUCCAAAUGGCAAGUCAAGAGGAGUUCUAAUAUUCAGUCUAUUUAGUUGUGUAGAGUCCAAUAAAUUCACUGCUAAUUCGUUGGGGUACUUUUCCAGUCGUUUGAAAUAUUUAUCACUGCAUUUGAUGAUCAUCUGCUUCAGUGUCUCGAUCUUUAAGUUCCUGUAAAUGUCUGCAUUUGGAAUGAACAACGGUGCAUUUGUGAUAGUACGAAGAAGCUUGCAUUGAAACCGCUACAGUAUUGCUAGGUUGCUGUCUGCUGCAGUUCCCCACAGUUCAAUCCCGUAUGUCCAGAUGGGCCGGAUGAUUGCUUUAUACACUAAUAUUUUGUUAGAUAGAGAUAAGGUGAUAGAGAUAAUUGCUUCCUCUUCGUCCAGAUGGUGUUUUCCAUGUUAGCCCCUUGUCAAGGUUUAAUCCGAGAUAUUUUACAGUACCAUUUUUAGGAAUAUUCUUGUUAUGCACUAGGAUAUUCGGUGUUUCUUUGUGACAUUUAGUGAAUACUACGUUAACUGAUUUUGCUUCGUUGAUCUUUAUCUUCCAUUUCUUAGCCCAUAUUUCAAUUAGAUGUAUGUUUUGUUGGAAUAUUUCAGCUGCCUGUAUGGGAUCUGGGUUUUUUACCAGAAUUGCAGUGUCAUCUGCGAAUGUUGCGAUUGUAGAUUCUUCUCCUGUUGGGAAGUCAGCUGUAAAGAUUGUGUAGAGAAUUGGUCCCAAGACGCUGCCUUGCGGGACCCCAGCAUUUAUGUUGUGAAUUUCAGACACACUUUCUUCCUAUCUUGUGUAAAAUAGCCUUUCUUCGAGAUAUGACUUUAGUAUUGUAUAUAGCGGUGGGAGAUUUCUUUCUUUAGUUUGAAUAUCAAUCCUGGAUGCCAGACCUUGUCAAAUGCUUGACUUACAUACAGGAAAAUGGCAUUGCAAUAGCUCUUUUCCUGGAAGGCUGAUUGUAUCUUUUCUACCACCCUAUGCACUUGUUCAGUUGUGCCGUGGUUUUGGCGAAAACCGAACUGAUAAUUUGGUAUAAUAUUGUUUGUCUGUAUAUCAAUAAUUAGUCUACUUGCAACGAUUUUCUCUGCAACUUUGGACAUAAUUGGUAAUAGGCUAAUGGGUCGGUAGGAUGUAAUCUCAUGUGGAGGUUUUCCUGGUUUUGGAAUCGUUAUGAUUUCUGCAGGACAGUUCCUGCAUAACUUCCAUUGUGCAGGAAAGUAGCAUGUUCUUAGUAUCGAGUUAGUGAUCUGUGCUAAACUUACUAUUCCUUUCCUAGGUAGGUUAUUUAAGAUGUUGGCCGUUAUCACAUCAUAUCCAGGCGACUUCUUUUUAUUGAGGUUUUUUAUUAGACCUUUUACUUCAUUAGGAGUUGCCCAUUUGGGUGGUAGAUUCAUUUGAUUAGGACUAUCUAAAUAUUCAUAGAUGUCGUCAUCUUCAUUGGAUCUGUUUGUUAGUGGCUGAAAUACCUUUUGUAGGUGUUUUGCGAAAGCGUCUGGUUUUUCCCGAUCUGUCUUUAGCCAUUUUAAAUCUUCUGUUCUGAUAGGUGGAAUUUGGUUUUGUGGACGCUUCAGCUUAUUUGUGGCCUUCCAUAAUGAGUAAUCGCUGUCUGAAUUAGGUGUCAGAUUUUCUAGGUUCCCAUACUAAUAGUUUAUUAAUUUCUUUCUUUCUUGUUCAUGUUUCACUUCCAUAUGUCACUGCUGGUCGUAUUAUGGUUUUGUACAUUUGGGUUUUGACACGUCUUGAGAGAAGCUUUGACCUCACUAGAUGUUUAACGGCAAAGACAGAUUUGUUCCUAGGUACUUGAACUCUUCGACCACCUCAAAAUUAUGAUCGCUUAUGGUAAUGUUUUGUCUUAUUCGUUGUCGUUCCUUUCUUGACACGACCAUGUAUUUAGUUUUUCUUUGUUUAUUUUCAGGUCUACGUUUAGUGUUCUGUCUGGGGCAUCUUGUGCCUUCUACUUUCACCAUUAAUCUUAUUAAUGUCAGUAUUAAUCUUAAUAGUUCAUAUAUUUUUUAUAUCUCAGAAUAUGCUGAUAGAUGAGACUUGUUAUUUCAUCGAAAGAAGAAAUUCUAGCUCAAUUUGAGCUGUACUUUUUAUUUUCUGCCGUGAUCUGUCCAUGGAAUUCGGAAAGCCAUUCGUAUCAUUCAAAUUCCAAAAGGCCCUAUACAUACGAUACAGACUUCUUAGUUCCAUUAUCUUUGUUUCAGUGCAGUACGUGAUUAUAGGCCAUAUGUAAUAUUUGACUAUCGCUCUAAAUUUGACUAAAUCAUCUUUCUUGGACAUAAGUAUUUAGUGAAUAUAAGAAAACUUCCCGCUAUUGAUAUUUUGAUCCGUAUUUCUUCAUCGCAGUCCUAUUAUACAGUAAAAUUAUUUAAACUUUUUAGGUUUAAAUCCUGUCUGCUUAUGGAGUUAAUUUGAUUUUAUUUGUGUUAAUUUUUAUGUCAUAAUGUUGCUAUGUUUUUAAAAGAUCUUGGGGUCCUUUACAGGCGCGAUCUAGAAAUUCAUAAUAGGGGGGCAAGACUUACCGCAAAUAUUAUAUUGUCCAGAUUUAGCCAUACGACUCACACUUACUCUAAGGAUAAAAUUCACUCAUGCCAGAUAUCUACGGUAUCAAAAGGAUUGAGCUCUGAUGGGACUCUUUUCGUGUUCUCAAGCCGUAGGUGACUUGCUACGUCGCGUCGGAGUAUCUCCCAAAAAAUUUCAUAUACAUCUGAAUAUUGAGAGUAACACAGCUUUAUUAUUUCAGAUUUAGCGAUACAGCUCUUCUUCUUCUUCUUCUUAUGCAAUCCACUAAUGGAUGUUCGCGGUCACGUUUGACCAUUUUUCUCUAUCCCUUGCAGUAUGUAUUAGGUCUCCUAUGUUUUUUAGUCCUGUCCAUUGUUUGACAUUACGGAGCCAUGACAUCUUCUUCCUGCCCACUCCCCUUCUUCCUUCGAUCUUUCUUUCAAUUAAGGUUUUCAGAAACUGGUAUCUUUCAUUUUUAAUUAGGUGCCCCAGGCAUGCCGUUUUUCUCUGUUUAAUUGUGCACAUCAGUUGUCGUUCUGUACCAAUUCUUCUCAGGAUUUCUUCAUUUGUUAUUCUUGCGGUCCAGGGAACUUUAAGGAUUCGUCGAUAGAUCCACAUCUCAAAUGCCUCAAGCUUAUUCAUUGUGUUUAUUUUUAAAGUCCAUCCUUCCAUGCCAUAUAGAAGCACCGACCAUAUAUAGCAUUUUGUGAAUCUUAGUCUUAGGUUUAGGUCAAAGUCAGAGUUCGUAAAGACGUUUCUGAAUUUCAUGAAUGCACUUCUGGCUCUUUCUAUCCGACAUUUAAUUUCCAUAUCCGACAUCCAGUCUUCACAUAGCCAGGUUCCCAGGUACUUAAACUUUCUUACGCACUCUACAUCUUGGUUGUUAUAUGCUAGUCUUGCAUUUUGAUGUUGACAUAAUUGACGGCUGAUUAUAAGGAACUUCGUCUUUUUUAUGUUGAUGCCAAGUCCCAUGUUCUCGCUAUGCUCUCCAAUUUUAUUAAGAAGGUUUUGGAGGUCUUCUAUAUUGUCUGCUAUUAAGACCGAGUCAUCCGCAUAUUGUAUAUUAUUGGCCCAGGUACCAUUUACUUUAAUGCCGCUUUCGCAUUCCUCAAGAACUUCCUGGAAGAUACUUUCUGAAUAUAGAUUGAACAGUAGUGGGGAAAGAAUGCAUCCCUGUCUUACACCUCUGAGAAUUUUUUGAGCUUGCGUUGUUUCAUUAUCCACCUUGACGACAGCUGUUUGAUUCCAGUAAAGAGCCUCUAUGCAACGAAUGCCUUUUUGAUCUAUGUCGAGUUGUUUUAGUAUAUGUACGAGUUUAUGAUGUUGUACUCGAUCGAAGACUUUUUCAUAAUCUAUAAAGCACAUCAUUACAUCUUUCUUUUGAUCGUAGCAGUUCUGAGCUAGCACUUGGGUUGCAACUAGUACUUCCCUGGUACCCAGGCCUUUUCGAAAUCCAAAUUGUGAGCAACCAAUAACCUUAUCGCAUUUUGUGGAGAUUCUGUAGUGAAGAACUUUGAGGAAUAUUUCUAAAGACUCAUCAGACUUAUCAGUCGGCGCUCUUGACACUUUGUUGCGUUGUUCUUUUUUGGCCAAGGGAUAAAGGUAGAUACAAGCCAUUGGACAGGGAAUUUUCCUUUUUUAUUGAUUUGGUUGAAAAAUCUUUGGAGUAUCGUAAUUCCCUCUUCAUCUAACAAUCUGAGUAACUCAACAGGAAUUUGAUCAGGUCCAAUUGCUUUCCCGUCUUUCGAGGCAUUUAUUGCUCUAGUAAUUUCUUCAAUUGUGAUCUCGAGACCAGAUAGGUUGUUAAUAUCUAUCACUUGUUCCUGAACGACUUAUAUCUCAGGCUUCUCGUAUGCAAAGAGAUUUUUGAUGUAU